AAUUAUGUACGCGGAUAAUUCGGCCGAUAUCGAUGAAGAAUUUUUCGACGCGUUGGCCUUGUUACGUUCGAACGAGGACGACAGUGCCGAGAAGCUUAGGAAGAUGUUGGACGAACAAAUCGAGAAAAGAUAUGGUACGAGCAAAACAUUGGCUUUUAGAAUGCCUAAAGAGUUUUUACAAAAGGAAAGGACUUCCUGGAAAACGUAUUCGAAGAAUUCAAUUAAAUUGACAUACGAUAAAAAUCAAGUGACUAAUGAAUCUAGCGAUAAGGCUAACGACACAAACGACAAAUCUGUUGAAAUCGUUGAAGUUAAUUUUAAAAAGAUUUACGAAGAGGAAUAUGAAGAAUUUGAGAAGAUCGACGUACCGAGAAUCUCCAUUCCCGAUGAUAUCUCUAACGAUGGUGCACUUUGCAAGAUAUGCAACGGCACGAAGCUGGGUCCUCUGAUAUUGCUCGAGUGCCAAGAGUGCCAAGAGAUCUAUCAUCCCCUUUGCCAUAAUCCAGCGGUAGUCGAUAUCGACGUCUACGAUCCCAGACUCGUUUGGCGAUGUGGAAAAUGCGUCGAAGCUACGGCCUCUACCUACGAGAGUACUACUUUGGAGGAGGAGAGAAAGGGUGACGUUAAAAAAAUUACAAAUAAUAAAUUUGCGAAAUCGGUCAACGUCGACAAGAAAAAACGUUGCGUUAAAAUGUACGAACGUGAAAAAGUUUUCAAACGACGUCGCUGAGAGGAAAAAUUUUUCUUUCCUUUUUCUUCUUUUUUCAUGUUUUUUUUUAAGGUUUUUUUUUUCUUUUUUUUUUUUUUUUUAGGGUUAAAAUAUAAUAAUAAAAGCGCGUCCGAGAAAUUCGAGAUAGAUGUGUGGUAGAUCUUUUAUUCGAUAAUAAUCAUUCGUUUUACACAUACUUCGCUGCCUUGCAAAUCACAAAAACACGAUCUCUCAAUGCUCGUGGAACAUACUCUAAUCACAGCACAGGGCAUCUUACUCUUAUGAACUAGAACGAAUAUCAUACAGCUAUGAUACAACGACAACGACGACGACGACGACGACGA